AUGUCCCUGGAAUCGAGUGUCCCGCUGCCGGAGUCCACGUCGUCCGAGGCCUACUCGCCCUCGCCUCUGUCUACGCCGCGACCACACCGCCUGGGUCGAUCGGAGCCGAUUUCGCCCCCGGCUGCUGUCCCCGCCGCUGGCAGCCCCGCCGACCAGGCAGCCCGCCUGUCGCCCGCUCGCACCCCGGCCAUGACGCAGCCCAGCCCCGAGCCGCCGGCCACCGACCCGCGGCACGACCUGGCUGCGCUGUCGGACUCUUCCGGCAGCAGCAGCAGCAACAGCAGCAGCAGCGGCGGCGGCAACAACAGCGGCCCGUCCUCGGGGGCCGCCUCGGGCAGUGCCCCUAAACGCAAUCGCAUGGCCCGCGAGCUGGAAAGCCUGAUCGCCUUUAACCUGGUGCUUGACUGCUUCCCGGCGGCGGGCUCGCGCGCGCGCACUCGACGCUCCCCCUCGGUCCAUCCGGGGGGGCCGCGCAGCGGGUCACCGACCACCUCGCUCCCCGGCGCGCCGGGCUCCGGCAGCGGGGCCUCCCCCGGGGGCGGUGCGCCCGUCGCCGAUCCCGGCCGAUCGCCCCCGGUAUCGCCCUCGCCGCGCGGCGGGGGCCCGGCCUCGCCGGUGACCUCCACGCCGGCCGGCCGGCCCGGCCCCGGCGGCAGGACGCCCUCGCCAUUGGCCGCGACGCCGGCCGGUGGCCCGGGCAGCCGGCGCGCCUCGCUCGACCUGUCGGCCGGUGGCGAGGCCGUGCACGGGCUCGGGCUGCCGGCUGUGCAUGCCGGCGCCGCCGGCGCCGUCCUCCUGACGAUCCCCGGGGCCAUGCCGCGGCGCAUGUCCGACCCCGGGCUCCAUGGGGGCGGCGGCGGCGGCGGCGGCGGCGGGCUGCUGGCCGGCUCGGAUGGGGCUACCCCGCCGGGCGAUGCCCCGGCGUCGCGCGUUUCCCCCUCGAAGCUCCUGCUGACGGUGCCUGCCACGAUGAUGUCCUCGGCCGCCGGUGACUGCUCGGCGGCCGCCGGCGACACCAAGCCCCCCGGGUGUGGGCCCGGCUUGGGUGGCUUCGACGCGGACUUUGCCCCCGGCGAGCUGGCCCAUGUGCCGACCCCCUGGCUGGCCGGGCAGCCAGCCACGCCGGCGGCCACCGGCUCCGCCAAGGGCCCUGCCGGAACCGAUGCCGACUCCGAUGCCGAGGGCCUGGCCGCCAGCAUCGACCCGGGGCCCGCCCUGCGCGGCGGCGUCCAUCUGGCCGAGACCCUCGACCGGGCCGGGCUCUCCGGCUCCGCCUACCUGACCCCGCAGCUGUUGGCCCAUGCGCGGCAUCAUCAAAUUUCCCGGUCGCUCAUCGCCCGCCCCAGCCAGGUGGGCAUCGAGCGCCUGCCGGUCUUUGUGGAGGGCGGCGCCGGGGUGGCCUUCUGUGGCUCUGGCGCCUUUUCCUCGUGGUGGCCGCUGGCCAUGGUGUCGAAGCUGGCAUCGGUGGACCCGGCGCGCGAGCCGUACCUGACCUUCCGGCGGAACCCCGCCUUCCUGGCCUGCCUCGGCACCCGGGCGGCGGUGAGCUUCAUCCGCCAUGGCCGGGUGCCGGCCGGCUUUGCCUGGUGGCCGCGCGGCCGCGAGGCCGAGCACAAGCCCCCCAUCGAUGGGCCGACCUCCACGGGGUCGGUGACCGGUCGACCGGUGCGCGCGGCAGCCAUGGCGGCGGCGGCGGCCGUCGCAUCGGGCGCCACCCCACCGGUGGCCGGGCUCAGCCCGGCCGCCGCCAAUGCCGACCUCCUUGGUCAGGCUCUGCUUUCCGGCGGCGCCCGGCAGGUGGCCGUCAUCAAGCAGGAGCCCCUGGCCAGUGGCCCGGUGGCGGCGGGGGCCGAUGACGAUGCCCCCGGGCCCGGGGCCACCACCGAGCGCGAGGACGAUGACCCCCCGGGCAAUGGCGACCCGGCGGGGGGGUCGUCCGGCCCGGCGCCGGAGCCCGGCGAUCGGACCCGGCGCUCGCGGCGCAUGCCCACUCGAUCUCCCGGGCCGGAUGCCACGCGGUCGCCCUCGCCGCAGCCGGUACGCCGGUCUUCCCGGCGGCCGCCCACCCCGCCGGUGUAUUUCCCGUCGGCCAGCCUGGCGGACGCCCCGGGCGAUGGGCCAAUGGCCGACCCCCCCGGGCCGGCGGCCCGCGGCAUGGACCCCACCGAGGAGGACAAUGCCAGCCCCAGCGGGGGCGGCUUCCUGUCGGACACCGGCACCCGCAAGCGCCGGCGGCGCAUCAAGUCCCCCGAUGUGCUGGAUGAUGAUUUCGAUGCCGACCCGGCGGCCGGCGGGCCGAGCGCCGGGCAGGAUGAGCCCGGGGCCCGGGGCUCCGGCCCGGGCAUGCCGGCCCCCGGCCCCGGCAGCGGGCCGCACUCCUCGAUGCCGCCGUAUCCCCCCCCGGGCACGCCGGCCGGCGGCAUGGGCUUCCGGUCGGUGUCCCCGAGCCCGGCCCUGUUCGCCAGCUCCGGCACGGCCACCCCCACGGACCCGGGGCUGGAGGGGGCCGGCUCGGGGGCCGGCGAUGUGGCCGUGCUGGCCACCGCGGGCGAUGUGGCCCGGCACCUGCUGUACCUGCCCUCGGACCGGGAGUUCAUCCGGGGCCCGACCGUGUCGCCCGGGGCCGUGGCCUUCUACGACCGCCUGCGUCGGGUGUGGGAUGGCUUGGAUUAUGCCUUCUCCGAUUCGGACCUGGACUUGGAUUCCGGGUCGGAGUCCGAGGCCGAGGGCGGCGGCGCGGGCGCCCCCUCCCCCGGGCAGGCGCUCCUCUGCGAGGAGACCGGGGCUCUGCGACUGCCCUCCGGGGCGGUGCUCGGCCCGGCGGCGCAGCUACUGACGCCGGCCGGCCUGCUUCAGGCGCGUGCCGAGCAUCUGGCCGAGCUCCGGCGCCUGCAGGUCGACCACACGUCGGCCCUGCAUGGCCAGCCCCCGGACCCCGGGAGUCCGCCCUCCCCCUGUGCCUCCUCUUCGGCCACCGUGGCCGGGUCCUCCGCCUCCUCCGCCUCCUCCGCCUCCUCUUCGCAGGUCAGCGACCCGCCGACGGACUUCCACAGCUCGGACUUUGACUCGGCCUAUGAGAGUGAUGCCGAGGACCUCCCGCUGCCGGGCGAGCAGCUGGCCCCGUCGGUGGCGGCCCUGCGCCGGCGACCGCGCGAUGUGACCCGAGCAGGCGCCAGCCCGGCCCCGGCCGCGGCCGCGGCUUCAACCCCGGCCUCGGCCGGCUCCGCGUCGCCGCUGCUCCGGUCCAGCCGCCAGCGGCAGUCAGCCGUGGCGGCGGCCGGCGCCUCCUCGGCCACGCCCGGCGGGUCCGCCGGCGACCCCGAUCAGAAGCUCUUCGCCGACGUGUCGGCCCGGGUCUUGCGGCUGGAGGCCGACAACCCGGAUGCGCUGAACCUUCGCUGGUGGCGCUCGGCCCUGCGCACGGCCUGCGCCACGCGAACCCCCCUGCUGACGGUGCUCGGCGUGCCGCGCCUUACCCGGCCGCCGGUCGUCGGCAAUGCCCAAGUGGACCUGCGACAGCUGUACCGGGCCGUUCGCCGACGCGGCGGCGUCCAGGCCGUCACCGAAACCUCCCUCUGGCGAGAUGUCUACUAUGCGAUUGAGCUGCCGAAUUACACCACCAACUUUGCGUACCACCUGCGGGAUGUCUAUCGGCGGUACCUGCUGCCGUAUGAGGCGCGGCUGCGGCUGCGCCGGCGGUCGCACACCGAUCCCGAGGCCUGGCACCCGCACGUCCUCGACCAGUCACUGGUGCUCCCGGUGCCGGAGGCGGUGCUGGGCGGCCGGUCUGGCGGCCCGGCGGCCGGGGGCAGCGCGCGCCGCGGUGUCGGCACCACCGAGCCGGCCGCGCACCUCGGCUCGCUGGUGCUCGGCUGGCCGAAGCGCCUGCGCCGGCAUCUCCACUGCGGGGGGGCCUUCUCCGCGACGUCCGUCCGCCAGCUGGGCCCCCUGCUGGCUGGGACCUUUGUGGGUAGCUCGGCGGCUGCCUUCCCGGCGGUGACCACCGCCGCGCACUCGGCCCUGGUGGCGGCCAGCGCCGUUGGCCAUGGGCCGGGCGGGGCAGCCGGCGGGGCCCCGGGGUCCGGGCCGUCGUCUGGCGGCGGGGGGGCAUCGCCGGCCGCCACGACGGCGGCCACGGCCGCCGCCGCCGCCGCCGCCGGGCAGGUCCCCCUCAUCGCGCCGGUGCUCGUGGUGCUGACGGUGCUCUUCAGCAUCCACGCCAAUCCGCAGAUCCUGGCAGCCGGGGCCAUCGGCCCGCCGAGCCCGCAGCUGAGCCGGUCGCCGACCGACUCGGCCGCGGCGGCGGCCCUCAUCGCCUCGGUGUCCGGCGCGGUGGUGGCCCUUUCCGGGGACCGGGUUGCCUACCGGCCCAAUGACCGGGUGGUUGUCCUGUCCCCGCGCGACCGGGUCGAAUACUCGGCGCGCAUCCUCAAGUUGGACUUCGAAGGGAAGUCCUCCGGCGGCGGGCCCGGCACCCCGGGCGCCUCCUCCGGGCCCGGCGGCGGCAGCGGCAGCGGCAGCGGCAGCGGCAGCAGCCCUGCCACCGGCGGCGGGGCUGGCACCGGACCGGCCAGCCGUCGCGGCGGGGCCACCGGGCCCGCGGGUGCCAGCUCGACCGCCGGGCCCGACGCCGGGCCCGCCAUCCCCCGGCGGUACUUCGUCCACUACAAUGGCUGGAACUCCAGCUACGAUGAGUGGGUCCCCUCAGACCAUGUGCUCCGGCCCCUGGGGCCGAUGGCCGCAUCGGCCGGCAACCCCUCCAGCGGGGCUGGGGGUGGUGGUAGCGCAUCGCGCAAGCGCCCGGGCGCCAGCCCGGCCGCCGCCAGCCCCUCCACCCCCUCGGGCCCGGCCCGGCCGGGCGCCGGGCGUUCGCUGCUGGCCGACAGUGUGGCCAUGCCGCCGACCUCGCCAUCGGCCCCGCCGGCUCGGCACAACAACGCCAAUGCCUCGCCGAUGACCUCCUCGCCGUUGAUCUCGGUGGUGGCCACGGCGGCCACCGUGGCUGCCAGCCAGUCGGACCCCGGGUCCGAUCAGCCGUCGGCCUCCUCGGAGGCCGAGGACGCCACCUCCGACGACGACACGACCGAGGCCCAGCAAACCCGCGCGCGCCGGUCUGCCCGGCGGCAGCUCAAGCGCCGGAGUGUCCUGUCUGACGGGUCGGACACCAUGGAGGGCGGGGGCAGCCCGCCGGCGGCUGGGCCGGCGGCCGCCAAGCGCCCGCGCCUCGUCGCGGCCCCGGCCACCAGCGACCACGACGAGGAUGCCAGUGACGGCGGCGAGGUGCCGACGACCGGCCCCGAUGUGGCCUCUCCUGCGCCGGCCGCCGGUGGGGACCUGCCCUUCGAGCUGAAGCUGUCGCCCGACAUGCGGGCUACCGCCACCGCCGCCGCCGCCGCCGACGCCGACGCCGACGCCGACGUUUCGCUCGAGGAUGAUGCGACCGACAAGGCGGGCCUGGUGGAGGUCAAGCCUGAUCCGGACCGGCGGGCGUUCGCGCGCGCUGCCUCCCCGCCGUCUGCCGGUGGUGGCAUUGGCCAUGGCACCGGCGGCGGGCCCUCGCCGACACGGGGGCCGGUCGCACGCUCGGCCGCCCCCCCGGGGGCGCGGCCCGUGGUCGCCUCGAAGCCCGGGCCCGAUGGAGCCGUGGCCGAUGACACCAUGGCUGAUGCCGACUGCGAGGGUGCCAGCGAGGAUGGCGACGAUGAGGAGGAGGAAGAGGAGGACGAGGAUGUGGCGGCGGCGACGACGACGACGGAAGCACGCCCGGCGAUGGGCCCUGUCCCGGCCACUCGGCCGAGCACGCCGCCGCCGCCGCCGCCGCCGGCCACCAUCCCGGCACGCGGGCCCACGCGCCCCAAGCGCGAGGACGUCCCGGCUGCCAUGUCCGGCCCGUCGCACCCGGCAUCCCCCCGGCGGAUGCCCUCGGCCAGCGCGGCGCCGCAUCUUUCCCCCCAAAUCAAGGACCACUCGCCGACCCGGGCGACGACGGCGGCGGCCGGCUCGUCGGCCUCCUGCAACGAUGUCCGGUUCUCCGGGCCGGUGGUGGAGUCCGACCCGUCGGACGAGUCGUUCCCCGCGUCGCCGACCUCCUCGCCCGGGUCGUCGGCCGCCUCGACGCCGGUCAAUGGCGCGCACCUGCGGCCGCAGCGCGGCGCCACGUCGGCCACCGCGUCGCCGGCCGGGGCGCUGCACUCGCCGGCCCCGGCCGUCGACCGGCGCAGCUCGAUUGUCAUCAAAAUGGAGUCGCCCAAUCCGCUCCCCUACCACCGGGCGGACCCGUUGCUCGCGCCUGCCCGGGCCCUGGACCCGGGCCCGGACCUGGAGGACGACUCCGCUGCCGGGGGCCUGGUCAAUGUGUCCUCCGAGCGCCGGGGCACCGAGCGUGCGGGCGAGUGGGAGGACUCGCCGCCGGAGACCCCGGCCGCUCCGCUGGCCCUGACCCGGCCCCGGCGCGCGGUCCAGCGCUCGCCCAACUACACCUUCGACUUGGACCCGGCGGACUUGCUGCAGGGCGACGAGCCGGACCGGGUGGCGGCCACGGCCCCAUCCAGCCGGUCGGAAUCGUCCGGCUCCCUGUCCGUCGGCAGUGGCGAGGGCGGGGCGGCGGCGGCGGCGACGGCGACGGCUACUGUCGACCUGGCGGACCCUGGGUCCGGCUCGGCCACCCCUGCCGCCUCAGGUCGGGCUGGUGCUCCGGGCCCGGCGGCUGACGAUGCCUCGGACGCCGGGCCGCCGGGCAGCGGCCGGCCGAUCGCGGCCCGGUCGCGCAUCGCCUCGCGCAACCACUCCCGGUCGCGGUCGGCCUCGCCGCAUCCGGAUCGCCUCCUGCGCCGGGCCAAUGACUCGGGGCCGGGCGGCGACUCGGACGCCGGGGCCGAGGACGAUUUGGUCACCAUCACCCCGGCCAAGCAGCCCGGUGCCCGGGGCGGCGACUCGGGCACGACCCCCGGGUCGGCAGCCGCGGCGGUGGCUGUGGCCCGGCUGUCCCGCAGCGGGGGCGGCCCCGGUGGCGGUGGCGGCCGGCUUCGGUCGCGCUCCGCCUCGCCGGUGAAUGCCCGGCGUCGGGCCUCCUCGCGCGCGGCCGCCACCGGCCACCACCUGUCGCUGGGCUUCGAGUCCGAGAGCGGCAACGAGUCCGACCACUACUCCUCGGACACCGGGGCCGGGACCACCCCCCGGACGCCGGGGCCUCCCUCGGACGAGCUCGACCCGCUUGGCAGCACCACCGCAAGUGGCAGCGGCAGCAGCAGCAGCAGCAGCAGCAACACCAGUGCCGCGACCAGUCGCGGGGCCAGUGUCUCCUCCUCGGCAGGCGUGUCGGCCUCGGCCUCGCUGGCCUCGCUGACGGAUGCCGACAGCCCGGCCCCCCCGUCGGGUGAUGAGGCCGUGACCCCGGCCGGCGGGGGCAGCCGCCGGGGGGGUGCCCACGCCUCGGGGGCCGGCUCACUGUCGGCCGCCCGCGCCGCGGGCAGUGGCCUCGGCGGCCGGACGCCGCAUUCGCCGCUGGCGCAUGGCGGGGCGGCGGACGACUCGCCGGUGGCACAGCGCCCGCCGCACCCGCCCUCGGCCACGCGAUCGACCAAGCGGGCCCAUGCCACGGCCGGGUCUCCCAGCUCGCCGGCGGUGCAGUCCUCCUCCGGGGCCGAGGCCGCCGAUGGGGCCGCCGGCCGCCGGGGCGGCGCCAAGCGCCGGCGCAUGGUGAUCCUGCACUCGGUGUCGGUGCCGGAGUCCCUGGCACAAGCCCUGCGUGACCGGGCCUCCGAGCACACGGUCGACAUCAAUGCCCUGCUGCCGGGUCUGGCCCGGGAGACAUCGCCAGCCGAGCGCAUCCGCAUGAUGGAAGCCCGCCUGACGGAGCUCCGGCAGAAGUACCAAGACCUGCGUAUGACGCUCAUAGAGAAUACCGCGUCGCUGGCCGGCGGCCGGCACGCGGCGAUGGCCGUCUCGGCCUUCCCGGAAGACGAUGACGACGAGGGGCACGACUCCUCUUAGGGAUGAGAGGGGGCCCGGCACGCGCGGGCCGCGGCAGAGCCGGGCGAGACAUGGGUGCCUGGUCGCAUGUGCGUGGCUGCGCGUGACUGCUUACACCCUCGCCACCCUCUCCCGGUGUCCCCCGCCGCAAGGAUGGCCGAGAGCAGGCCAGGCAGCGCCGUGAAUCCACACACACACACACACACACGCACAUGCACACACCUAUCUUUGCAUAUAUAUAUAUAUAUAUGCCCUCCUUCUGCUCAUCUCCCUCUCCCUCUCAUUCUUGCUCCCUUCCGAGCACCCCCCGGCUGUUUCGCCCCCUGCGCAGCCCCCCCUUCCCUCACACACACACACACGCACCACACAUGUCCUUGAGUAUUUACAAUACAUUGUUACCCUUCGCAUCUACAGCCCGCCUGCCCUGGUGUAUGUGCGUAGAUGCGCGCACUCGGGGUCCUGCUCGGAGCCAGACCGCCCCGCAAAAAGGGAGGGAGGAGGGGAACCGGGCCAGGGAGCAAGCGGGGGGUGGGGGGGAGGGACAAAAAGCCGGACGGCGGCGGAUCGACAUCACUCGUCGGUCUUGCGCUUCUUGCGCACGACACUCUGAAUGUCGGAGAUCGGGGCAUCCGGCGAGACCCCGGGGAAGGGAUUGCGCUUGGCACCGGCACCGGAGGCCGGCUGGCCGGGCGCGCUGGCGCCAGCUGCCCGGGAGGACCCGAGCCCGAAACCGGCCGCCACAUCGGAGAAGGCCUCCGACGCGACGCGCUUCAUGUUGCCGUACUCCGCCUCCAGGGCGUCCACUUCGCGGCGCUUGGCCUGCAUGAGGGUGAUCAGGUCGGCCAGGUCGCUGGAGGCGGUGGUCGCCGUGUUGGCCGACGUCCGCAGCGUGGCGAUGGCCUCGUCCAGGCACCGCCGCGCGCCGCGGAAGUCGUUGGUGAGCAGGUGCGCGCGCAGCCGGUUGAAGUCCGUGUUGGCGGCAUCCAAAUGGCGGGACCG